AUUUAUAUGAAAUGAAGGGUGAACGAAAAUAAGCCAAAAUAUUCUUGAAUAUAUCUCUGCUAGAUUCUGUGGUUCGUCAGCUUUGGCGUUGUGACGCAUAAACAGUUGCUCAGACAGUUCCUGUGAAUUUUUACUCUCUUCUUCUUUCUAUUCAAAUCCAUGUUUCAACCAAAAGGGAUCUUCAAGCUUACCGGAUUGGCAGUGGUUAUUUUUUAUCUCUUAUUUUCUUCAAUUCAAGCCAUAGAUGUUACGUACUGCGAUAAGAAGGGGAAUUAUAAAGUAAAGGUCCAUGGAGUUGAGAUAAUUCCUGAUCCUGUAGUGACAGGCCAGCCAGCCACCUUUAAAGUUUCAGCCUUUUCAGCUCAAGCUAUCCCUGGUGGGAAAGUGGUGAUUGACGUUUCCUACUUUGGAGUGCAUGUCCAUCAAGAAGACCAUGAUCUUUGUGAAGAAUUGUCCUGUCCUGUUGCUGAAGGAGACUUUGUGCUCUCUCACACCCAGACUUUGCCCGGUUUCACUCCUCCUGGUUCUUAUAAGCUUAAAAUGACAGUGGAGGACAAGAAUAACAAAAUGUUGUCUUGCUUCAGCUUCAAUUUCAAAAUCAGUUUUGGGUCCUUGGCCUCCGAUAGCUAAGCCGAAAAGUGUGCGGCGUACUUGUGUGGUUGAAUCUAAGUUUGUGUGUUUGUACAUAAAAUCACUUGAACUAUCCAAAUAAGUGUGCCAAAAAGUGUGCUGUGUUGUGUGUAGAUUACAGUGUUGUGCCAAACUGUGUUGGUAAUGAAGUGAAAACCACCUCAAUUACAAUA